GAUUGCGCAACAGUUGAAGCGUCCAGUCUCUCCGGCUGCAGUGGAGCAAUAGAACAAGCGACUAAUCUAACGGAAAGCCCAAACAGUUAUCAGUUACGGUUACAUCGUCGCAGUCGCAGCGACCGCCUUUGUUCGGAAAAACGUUUUUCCAGUUUUUCCUGGACAGAUUUGUGCCCCCCUCGUAGCUUUUAGUGCCAGAUGCUAGUUGUGUUGGUGACAAAUAUUGUCUCGUUCCCAGUCGAACUUCGUCUAUUAUUUUCUGAAUCGUAAAAUGUUUGCUAUCCGCCGCACUGCCACACUGAUGACGGCCCGCCGGCCGCCAUUGAUACGCGCCGUCUUCCAAGCAAACUUCGCCAGCAGCGCCGUGGUAUCAAAUCCCCAAAAGAUUUUAAUGGAGAAGGUCAUCCGAGAAAACAGUGCAAGCGUUAGCGAGACCUCUCUCGUUUGUCGUUCCGCACAGAUGGCCCAAAAGAUUCGUGCUGGACCCGUGGUGGAUGUGCUCGGCGAUGAGAUGACCCGCAUCAUCUGGCAGUCGAUCAAGGACAAGCUGAUCCUGCCCUUCCUGGACAUCGAGCUGCACACAUUUGAUUUGGGCAUUGAGUACCGCGACCAGACCGAGGACAAGGUCACCAUCGACUGUGCCGAGGCCAUCAAGAAGUACAAUGUGGGCAUCAAGUGCGCCACCAUCACGCCCGACGAGAAGCGCGUGGAGGAGUUCAAUCUGAAGAAGAUGUGGAAGUCCCCCAACGGUACCAUCCGCAACAUUCUCGGAGGAACCGUCUUCCGCGAGGCCAUCAUCUGCAAGAAUGUGCCUCGCCUGGUCUCUGGCUGGCAGAAGCCCAUCGUGAUCGGUCGCCACGCCCACGCCGAUCAGUACAAGGCUGUCGAUUAUGUGGUUCCCGGACCCGGCAAGCUCUCCCUCACCUGGAAAGGCAACGACGGCCAGGUCAUCGAUGAGGUUAUCAACGACUUCAAGGGUCCCGGCGUCGCCCUCGGCAUGUUCAACACUGACGAUUCCAUCGUGGACUUUGCCCACGCCUCGUUCAAGUUUGCGCUGGACCGCAAGCUGCCGCUUUACAUGAGCACCAAGAACACCAUCCUAAAGAAGUACGACGGUCGCUUCAAGGACAUCUUCGAAGACAUCUACAACAAAGAGUACAAGAAGCAGUACGAAGCCGCCGGCAUCUGGUAUGAGCACCGUCUCAUCGACGACAUGGUCGCCUAUGCCAUGAAAUCCGAGGGCGGCUUCGUGUGGGCCUGCAAGAACUACGACGGUGAUGUGCAGUCCGAUUCCGUUGCCCAGGGCUACGGUUCACUGGGUCUGAUGACCUCCGUGCUGCUCUGCCCCGAUGGCAAGACCGUCGAGGCCGAAGCCGCUCACGGAACAGUGACCCGUCACUUCCGCUUCUACCAGCAGGGCAAGGAGACCUCCACCAAUCCCAUUGCCUCGAUCUUCGCCUGGACCCGUGGCCUGCUCCACCGCGCCAAGCUCGACGACAACGUGCCACUGCAGCAGUUCGCCGAGACUCUCGAGCAGGUGUGCAUCGACACCAUCGAGGGCGGUGCCAUGACCAAGGAUCUGGCAAUCUGCAUUAAGGGCAGCAUUAGCGCCGUCGAGCGCAAGGACUACCAGGAGACCUUUGAGUUCAUGGACACACUGGCCAAGAAUCUGGAGGCUGCUCUCGCCAAGAGCGCCGCCGCUGCCAAGUGACUAUCCAACCCAGAGCACAAGGCCUCGCACCUCUAAAGAAACCACUCAGCGUCGCCUCGUCCCUCGUACUCUAUACACUUACUAUAUAAAAAAUGUGCAUGUCUUAGGUUUACUUUGCUGUGUCCUCGAUGCACAUUUCAAUGUUCAUUGUCUCUGCGAGACCUCAUCCGCAUUCAAUAUUCCCCGUAACGUCUAACGAAAAAGAAAUUUCAAAUAAAUGUAUUUUUUUACCGACACAAGA